AACACACGCGCGCUCCUGGUCAUUAAUUCGUAGCAACCAAAAGUACGGACUUCCGAGAGGAAACCCCAGAGUUUGGGUUGAAGGGCUCUCAGUGGUUCCAUAUAGUAAGUGUGUGGUUUGUGUGUUUAGCUGGUACUUUGUCCCUGGCGACCUUUACCCUCCACCAUUUUGAUUCAUCCGGUGCACUGAACCCUUCAGAUUGGAUCUUUUUUGUGUGUGUGUGUUUUUGUGUGUAUUUGUCCCUCACAAAUUGGGAAGGUGAACAACACAUUUUAUUAAACGACACAGCUUGUCCCAAAAGCCAACUGUUCCCAUGAGCAAAGACGAUUUUGUACCAUAUCAACCAAGAACAACAAUCGACCGCUGAGCUCCUCCUUGUUUUAUAUCCAAGCCGGUGCUUGUCAAACUUUGUACGCUAACUUGUUACGUGCAGUCGCUCUCCCAAAUUAUCGCCGACAUGAGCGGCAUGAAAAUACAGUUGAAUAGUGGGCCCAAGUGUGGAUACUUUUGAUGUCCAUCAUGUGGCCUGGGAAAAAAAACAAUAAGCAUUUUUUCAUGCAUGCAAGAUGUCCAAAAUGUUCUCAAACUUGAGAGGUGUCGAGGCAGAGUGACACACGAUUGUUCUCCCCUUCCGUGACACUGCACUUCCUCUCUGAGAGACUCAAAAAAAAAAAAAAAAAGCAGAGCAUUUAGAUGGUCAUAACCCCCGAGGUCGCAUCUCCACCGAGCUCGCCAUCCGAUCAUUGUUUUGCAUUUGUUUUACAAUGCAAGGCAGUUGUUCAAGUGGAUGGCGUUUGCUUUUCUUGGCUGCUUUCAUUCCAGGGGUCCACUUACUUGGAAAUGACAACUCCAUCGUUGCCGCUUCAAGUUUUGGGGCUCACAUCUACCGGCCUGUCCUGCGCCCGUUGGACGUCCUCCCUCUGAUCGGAACCUACAAUGUGACAAACCCACGGGGGGAACUGUGCGUCAAAGCCACCCUGGGAGCACAGUACAUUGUCAUCAUUAAGAAGAAGAGCUGGUUUUUCAACUUGGACCCUCUCAAGGUCCACGUGAGUGGGUCCUGUCACAGGGAAUCGGCCGUGUUGUCUCUCACCCUCCCUGAUCAUGCCGCCAGCCUGCAGUUCACGUUCAAAAAGGAAAACAAUCUGUUCUACGUCACCAAGCUUACAGCUUCGUUGUCUCCUCUGCCCGUCUGCUUAGGAUGUGCAAAUGAGACUUAUUUGGGUUUGGUAUCCCCUGGCAAGCUCUUUGCGGCGUCUUACGGUCGAAGCUUUCGGUGCAAAUCCACAAACGUGCUUCAGACAUCUUCAGAAAUGAGCAUUAAGUUGGUAUUUCUUCAGAUGCAGGCAUUCGGUGUGCCCGGUGGACAUUAUGGAGAAGUGGACGAGUGUUUGGCCGAUUAUAAUCAGAGGAUCAUCCCCAUUAUCCUUUGGGCUGUGGCGGUUGGCCUUUUGAUGAUUGGUGUCCUGACUUUCUUAUUGCUGAAAGAAAAUCGUACUCGUGGCUACGAACGUCUCUGAGCUCUGUCUGGAACUGUUUCUAUCAUUCGGUACUGUAUUUUGAUGUUGUCGCUCAGUAAAAUCUCCUGAAAUUAUGGACAAUGUGUUUGUAUAACGCUGUGAUCAGUUGCCAACCAGUCCAGGGUGGAUCAAAUCUCACAACCACUGUCGGUUGGGAUCAACUCCGGCUCACCUGAGACCAAAAUGAGGACAAGCGGCACAGAAGAUGGAUGCGAGUUUUUAGAAUGAUGAUGGGUGAGAUAUUUUAGUCCACGUAAAAGCAUUUUUAUUGUUAUGACACUUGAUGAAGUCAGAUAGGUUUCCCCCAUUGCAUAUUUAAAUUGUAUUAUUUGAAAACAAGAUGCCAUCAUAAUAAUCAAGAUUAUCAUAUCAAUCAUUCAUAGAU